UUUUUUUUUUAUAUAUAUAUAUAUCUUCUUUCCAGUUUUUUCAAUAAAGUUCAAUGGAAAAUCCUUUUUAUGCUGCUAAUAUUAAAACAUUAAAAGAGAUUUUUCCUUCUAUAGAUGUAACAGUGAUAAAUGAUAUUUUAUGGUCUGUUAAGGGUGAUGUCAACAGAGCAUUUGAAUCACUUUUAGCAAUUAACUCAUCCGGGAAUGUUAAUAGAAUAGAAAGUAAUUCACAAUCAUCAUCACCACAAUUACCGCCUCGAACUAGUAGAUUAUCAGGCAAUAAUACCAAAUUAACUACUACAGAAAUCAACAGAACAAAUUCACUAAAUACUAAUUCGAGGACUUCAUUAACUUUUCGCGAAGAAUUAGCUCAAUGGCGUCGAGAUCUUCAAGAAGAAAGUAAUAGGCGAAAAGCUGCUAGGAAUGCCUCAGUUUCAAGCAGAUUAAGCAGGCCUUAUAUUCGAGAGCAAAAUUCAACUUAUAGCAACAAUAGCAGAAUAUUACAUAAUCACGAAGCAGCCAAUAACGUUCAACAGUAAGUCUAUAAUUUAAAAUUGAUUAUAGUGCAUUAGACCGAUGUUUUACUAUUUGAAUUGUAUCAAUCGUUUUUUUUUCCUCUAAAAUAAGAAGUAGUUCAACCACUAAUAUCUCCCAGCCUAAUAACUUACCCAGUGUAGGCGAUCGAAUGCAUAAUCGAAGUAACAGCUAUUCAAUGACAAGGACACUGUCGGAACCCAAUAAUCAUAAUUCAGUUAGAAAUGACUGUCCUCCUCCAUUACCAAGAAGGCAAACCAUUAAUAGUUUAA